AUGACCAAUUGCGAGAGGAAGAGAAGGAAAUUUUGCCAGCAAGAUACCUGUGACCUGUGUAAUGCAGCCCCAGAAUCAGCAGAGCACGUCCUCCGGCAAUGCGCCCAUAGUACCCAGGUAUGGCAUGAACUCGGGAUAUCAGAUAAUAGCUUAACUAUAGGUCUGAAUCUUGCAGAUUGGCUGGCGGAACAUCUCCAAAACACUCAAACUGGGCUGCUCUUCGGUGUCGGCGCGUGGUACCUCUGGAAACGGAGAAACGACUGGGUUUUCAACCGCAAACAGCAAGACGCCUCUACUUUAGCUCAGAGAAUCAGAAGCUGGACAAACACCAUUCAUAAUGCUCAAGAAAAUAAUGACAAAAUCCAUACGGCUCAGCGAUCGAAGAGGGCGACGGAGAUUGCCUGGAAUCCUCCACCCCGAGACUGGAUAGCGCUCAACACGGAUGGCUCGGUCAAGCAACCUGACUCCUUGGCAGCAGCAGGGGGGCUUCUGCGCGAUAGCUCGGGACGUUGCCUGGGAGCUUUUGCCUCCAACUUGGGUGCAUGCACGAUUACUAGGGCUGAGUUGCUGGGGGCGUUACAAGGGCUCAAGCUCGCAUGGCAGCUGGGCUACAGGAAAAUUCAGUUGCGAACCGACUCGACGACCGCUAUCACCAUUUUGACGGCGCAGACAGCGUAUGAAGGACGCUACCAUAGUCUUUGGACUCAACUGCAGCAACUCAUCCAACAAGAUUGGGAGAUUGAGAUCUCUCAUACUUUCCGGGAAGGUAACAAGUCAGCAGAUUACCUCGCGAAUAAAGGGCAUUCUCUUAGCUUGGGUUAUCAUGUUAUUGAGAGAGGCGACCCUGGUCUCAACUUUUGGCUUUUGUAUGACUCUAUGGGCAAUGCCCAAUCUCGUUUAAUUUGA